AUGACUUCCGAAGUCAGCAAAGGUGAUGUUGCCCUCGACAACAAAGAUUACGGGCUUGCAAUUGCCCAUUUCUCUACGGCCCUACUGUCUACGCAGGCGCCUACCUGGCUACUUAAGCGUGCAACAGCAUACCAUCGUCUAGGCCAAUUUGAACACGCGCUCGCCGACGCCAACAGUGCCGUACUCGUAGCCCUCGGCAGAGGUAAGCGUGAACUAAUAGCUGAUGCAUAUUUUCGCCGCGGUAUCGUUCUUCAUGGUAUGAAGCAGUACGGAAAUUCACGUAUGUGCUUUCACUGGACCCGUCAGUACAAUGAAAAGUUAAACGGACUCGGCAUGUGGAUUGCUAAAGUCACAGCCGACUACGAUGCUGCAGGAGGUGACGAGGCAGAAUGCAAUGCUGUGACUAUAAAGGAGGUACCAGAUAAGAUCGAGCCAUUACCUUCGUCUAAUACAUCAGUCCAUAAUAGUGAGGGAGUUUCUUCUCCGGUAACAAUCUCUGCCGGAAAGAAAGUAACGGAAUCUACGCCAACUUCUACAUCUAAUGUUAGACAUGAAUGGUAUCAAUCCCAAAACGCCGUUACGGUAGAAAUUUUAGCCAAAAAUAUCCCAUUUAGAACUACAGAUAUCAAAAUAAUGAAAACCAGCUUAGAAGUUAGUUUUCCCAUCGGGACCUCACAAGAGAUAUACAGCCUUUGCAUUAACCCACUGUUUGGGGAAAUUGAUUCGACAAAGAGCACCUUUCGUAUAGCAACACAUAAGAUUGAGCUUGUAUUGAAAAAGUCUAAGUACGGUCUCAAGUGGCCAGCUUUAGAGGCUACCAAGUCUCACAAUGUGAGUGAUUCCAGAGAAUCUAUCAUGAUGCCCUCCCCUGACGUUAUGUGCGACAAAUCAUCAUCAAAACCUCCUGUUUAUCCGACUUCGUCAAAAGCUGGACCAAAGAAUUGGGAUACCUUGGUUCAAGAUGAGAAUGACGACGACACCGAUGGACCUGAUGCAUUCUUCAAGACGCUUUACAAGAACGCGGAUUCAGAUACCAAGAGAGCUAUGAUGAAGAGUUUCCAGGAGAGUAAUGGAACCUCAUUGAGCACGCAAUGGAGUGAUGUCAGUAGUCGAACGUUCGAAACUGUACCGCCCCAAGGGGUUGAGGCCAAGAAAUGGGGGGAUUGA